ACAGUUUUAGAUGCUGCAAAACAGAUAAGCACCCAAUCAAAUAUUAGUCCCAUUACUAUUUAAUCCCAUUCUCCUACCAAUAAUUGUUCUAUAUAUGAAUCCUGCCCCCCUCACAUUCAUCACCUGAAGGAAUUACAACACAUUUCACCUUUUUCCUGCACAUGUUGCUACUCUUGUAAUGGGCAAGAAGAGCUCUACUUCCUGGCUCACCGCCGUCAAACGGGCCUUCCGUUCUCCCACCAAAGACUCUGAUGCCGAUAGCAAGAGCUGCCGCAGGAAAGUUGAGCACCACCACCAUGAUGACCAAGCCAAGAAGAGUGAGAGGAGGAGGUGGCUGUUCAGGAAACACUCCAACAAUGCCGCAGAAGCUCCGGUGAUGCCUCCUGAGCAGAGGCAUGCCAUCGAGGUGGCUGCGGCAGCAGCGGAAGCAGCGGUGGCGACUGCGAAAGCUGCGGUGGAGAUGAUCCGGAUGAGCUCCAAUGCUGCGGUCUCAUGUAAACAUGAGACGGCAGCAGCGAGAGUCAUUCAAACUGCCUUCAGAGGCUUUGCAGCGAGGAGAGCAUUGGUGGCGCUCAAGGGAAUAGUGAAGCUGCAGGCUCUGAUCCGAGGGCAGAACGUAAGGAAGCAAGCUAACAUGACCAUGAAAUGCAUGCAGUCGCUGCUGCGGGUCCAGGCGCGAGUGCGCGAUCGUCGCGCCCGCCUCUCCCAUGACGCCGGGAGGCACUCCAUGUUUGCAGAGACCACCAAUUUCCUCAGACGCAUAAACUCUAGAGUAAAACUCCACAACUCCACUCUAUAUAUAAAAAUAUCUAUAUAUCUCCCACAUGAUAAAUUCUUCGGAAAGCACAGUAGAGAGGGAAGCUGCGUGACGGACGAGUGGAGGCCGGCGCCGGAGUGCCCGCGCACGCUGGAGGAGCUUGAGGCUAUCCUAAAAGCCAGAAACGAAGCGGCAUUGGCGCAUGAGAAAUCCUCCCUGGCAUUUGCUUUUGCACAGCAGAGCAACCUAGUGGAAAGCGACAGGAGCGCCUACAACGGAGACGAAAGCAGCGAGCUGGACAACAGAACAAAGUGGCUGGAUAAAUGGAUGGCCACCAAGCAGUGGGAGACCAGCAGCAGAGCCUCCACCGACCACCGCCGCGACUCAAUCAAAACCGUGGAGAUCGACUCCCUCAAAACAACCAACGGGCGGCGAUCCCGGUGCCAGAGCCCCAUCAACCACCGCCACUCCAUCGCCUCUCCCCACCACAGAUCCAUCGCGCCGUCCACGCCAUCCAGAACGCGAUCGUCGCCGCAAGUCCGCCCGCCCAGCCCUCGCCGCAUCGUCACGGAAGACAGGAGCUACUCCACCGCCAACACGCCGUCGCUGCGAUCCGCACAGCGCGUCAGCGAGGGAACCAACGCCGCCGCCGCCGUGCAGAUACCUAACUACAUGGCGGCGACGGAGUCAGCCAAGGCGAGGAUCCGAUCGCAGAGCGCGCCGAGGCAGAGGGCGGCGACGCCGGAGCGGGAGCGCGGUGGAUCGGCGGCGAGGAAACGGCUGUCGUACCCGAUACCGGAGCCGUAUUGCGUGAAUGUGGGAUUCGGAUGCAAUAAUUUGGGGCAGAAUCUGAGGAGUCCGAGCUUCAAGAGCGUUCAGGCAGGGUACGUGGGGAUGGAGGAGCAGUCCAAUUAUUCAUGGUAUACGGAGAGCAUCGGCGGCGAGAUAUCGCCGUGUUCGACCACCGAUCUGCGGCGGUGGUUGAGAUGAAGAUCCAUUUC